AUGUGCUGUUACGCAGCUGAUGCAAAAAAUCACUCUUCAAGGGCUAGUUGUAUCUUUGGGGUUUCCUUGCAGCAUAACAGCGUUCUUGGUGCUCUAGAGUGUGCAGAGACCUCGCAGCAUGGCUGAGAGUCUCUGGCUGUUUUCCAGAUACCCAGAGCAGGGUCCAGGGCGUGCCCAGCUGAGUGGGGUUGUGCAAGUUUGGAGGCAGCUGAACUGUCAUGUGUCACUUGGCUAUUUAUAUGACUGACUGGCUGGUAAUCCUGUGUGUAGUGUUAAGCCAUUUAAUCACUUUUUCCUCCUCCUUUUCUUAAAAACUACCUUUUAAUUGGAGACUUCGCUUUCCAAAGGGAGGUAACAAAUUUGUCUUUGCUAGGGAUUCUGUUGUAAUCUUCAGAAUUAAGCUAGCAACUCUUGCUCUUUUGUGUGGCUGUAUUAGCCAUUAGCGUUGGGGUGGUAAUAUGAAUACGCUGACAUAACAGGGGUGGUUAAAUACAUUUUCUGAAUUAAAAUCUAUAUGUAGCUGACACACCUUGCUACUCUAAGAUCAGAUAUAAACCCCUAAAGCCUGUAGAUUUUUUUGAAGUCUUCUAUCUUCUGAAUUGGCUGCUUUUCAGUUAAAAAUAAUAAAAUUCUUUCCUCCAUUCUUGGCAUACAGUGCUGUUGGGAAGAGGGAUGGACAAGUGAGAACAGUUGCAUAGUUCCUGUGAUCUUCAAUCUCUGAUUUUCUUUGCCAUGUAAAUGGUCUUUUAGAAUGAGGAGUGUGCUGUCAUAUACCUUUAGAAACAGGCCAGCUAUUCCUCUGAACCUCUGACUUGUGAGAAAUAAACUUAGAGAAAAAUUUAAUGGUUUAGUACAGGCUUCACAGUGAGGCUGUCAGUAAGGUAUAGUCCAACUGCCACGUUUAGUGUUGUAAGUAGGUUUCUUGCCUUGGUUUUAUUGAGGACAGACCUUAUAAAAUGUGGUACUUGGAAAAGGGACUAAAGGUAAACUUCUGUAAGGCUCAAGAUCUUGCAAGACCUACUGUAAUUUGAUUGCUUUAAUCCUACAGUCAGUUUUGAGGCUAUAUGCCUUUUCCUUAGUGGUGUUCAGCAUGACAUAGUACCUUUUUCUUAUAACUUGUGGCCACUUACUGUGCCCCGAGCAAGUUACUGAAAAAGGCUUUCCAACCUGGCACUGGAAUACUGCUUUUACUGAUGAAGAGUUGUGGUCAGUAGUUUCUUUUUAGUUUCAGAGGUGCCAAUAAACUUGCAACCCAUCAUGCUGCACCUCUUCAAGCCUGGUGUUGUCUCUGCAUGUAGCUGUUGGUUGCUGAGCUUCAAAACUGUUUCACAGCUCUGGACAGCAUGGGGUCAGGGGUGUUUGUCAGGGACACGCAUCUCUGUUACAGUGUAAACAACCAGAGGACUUGGGGUUUGGUGGUUUUUUUCUUUAUUGCUUUUCAGAAGAAUGUCCUCUUGAUGCUUUGGCUAGGAAAGAGAAUGCCCUCUUAGAAAGCAGAUGCUGAGAAAUAGAGCCUGAAUUUUUCACAGUGCUUUGUAUCUUUUUAGCUGUUUUGGGGAAAUCAUAGAACUGAAAGUUAUUUUGUUUCCUUGCCUGUUAAAAUACUUUUUUUUCCCCAGUUGUUUCCUCUUUCCAUAGCAAUGAAAUGUUGGAUAUUUGUACGUUGUAUAUGUCUUUUCUUGGCUGUGGGCUUUCCUAGUUGGAGGGCGGUAAGGUCUGAAACUUCUCCAGCUGACCUUGGAAGGUCUCCAGAAUGGCUGGAGGCAGUUGAUAAGUCGCACCGAAACUUUCUGUAAGCAGUAUGGCUGAGGAGUGCUUAAAGCUUGAAAGAAGAGGGGUAAGGAGAUAGCGCUGCAAACUUUCACAGGACGCUGCUUCUACCUGCCCUUAGCAGUUGGAAGAAAACAAAAGCAUUGGUGUCCAGCAGACUUCUGGAGAAGAAAACCAUGGCGAGUCCUGCGAAGGAUAAUUAUCGAAUGAAGAGUUACAAGAACAAAGCCCUAAAUCCUGAGGAAAUGCGUCGGAGAAGAGAAGAGGAAGGAAUUCAACUGCGCAAACAGAAACGAGAGCAACAGGUAACUGUCAUCUUGACUAGCUUGUGUACAGCCUUAACACAACCAGGAUUGUGCUGCUGCCAAACUGGAAUCUUCAAGGAUCUGUGCAUUAAGCUCUUUAAAAGAAGAAAUGUGGAGUUGAUCAAUGAAGAUGCCUCCAUGUUUGAUAGUCUCCUUGUGGAUUCCUAUGUUAGUUCCACAACAUGUGGGGAGGGAGUGAUCACAAGAGAGAUGGUAGAGAUGCUUUUCUCAGAUGACCCUGAUCUACAGCUAGCAACCACUCAGAAAUUCAGAAAGUUACUCUCCAAAGAGCCGAAUCCUCCAAUAGAUGAAGUGAUAAACACUCAGGGAGUGGUGGACAGAUUUGUUGAAUUCCUGAAAAGAAGUGAAAAUUGCACGCUACAGUUUGAAGCAGCGUGGGCACUGACAAAUAUUGCAUCAGGAACUUCCCAACAAACAAAAAUAGUAAUUGAGGCUGGGGCAGUUCCUAUAUUUAUAGAGCUGUUAAACUCUGACUUUGAGGAUGUUCAAGAACAGGCUGUCUGGGCAUUGGGGAACAUUGCUGGAGACAGCUCUGUGUGUAGAGAUUAUGUCCUUAACUGCGCUAUUCUUCCUCCCUUAUUAAUGCUCCUUACGAAGUCCACCAGGUUGACAAUGACACGAAAUGCUGUCUGGGCCUUGUCAAACUUGUGCAGAGGAAAGAGUCCACCACCUGAAUUUGAUAAGGUAUCUCCCUGCCUGCCAGUGUUGUCCCGAUUGUUAUUCAACAGUGACUCUGACUUGCUGGCAGAUGCGUGCUGGGCUCUUUCCUACUUAUCAGAUGGCCCCAAUGAGAAAAUUCAAGCAGUCAUUGACUCGGGAGUGUGUCGGCGACUGGUGGAGCUGUUAAUGCACAAUGACUACAAAGUGGCCUCCCCAGCUUUGCGAGCAGUUGGCAACAUCGUGACAGGGGAUGACAUCCAGACCCAGGUGAUUCUGAACUGUUCAGCCCUGCCUUGUCUUCUUCACUUAUUAAGUAGUCCCAAGGAGUCAAUCAGGAAAGAAGCCUGCUGGACUAUAUCUAACAUCACAGCUGGAAACAGAGCACAAAUACAGGCAGUCAUCGAUGCAAACAUUUUCCCGGUACUGAUAGAAAUCUUGCAGAAAGCAGAAUUCCGCACGAGGAAAGAGGCAGCAUGGGCUAUUACAAAUGCAACGUCAGGAGGAACUCCCGAACAGAUCAGAUACUUGGUAAACUUGGGUUGUAUCAAGCCUCUUUGCGACCUGCUGACUGUCAUGGACUCCAAGAUUGUUCAGGUGGCAUUGAAUGGCCUGGAGAACAUACUGAGGCUUGGAGAGCAGGAAGCCAACCAGAGUGGGACAGGCAUCAACCCGUACUGUAGCCUGAUUGAGGAGGCUUAUGGUUUGGAUAAGAUAGAGUUCCUACAGAGCCAUGAGAACCAAGAGAUCUACCAGAAGGCCUUUGACCUGAUUGAGCACUACUUUGGAGUAGAGGAUGACUCCACUCUAGCUCCUCAGGUAGAUGAGAACCAGCAGCAAUUCAUCUUCCAGCAACCUGAAGCCCCCAUGGAAGGUUUCCAGCUAUAAUGUGCCCGGGGGAAAAAAAACCACCACAAACUUGCCGGAAAGCAACUGGGAGCAGCUGAUUGUCCCAUCCCCUCCUUGCAAAUGGAAGGCUAAACACCCACUCCACCUGUUAGGAAACAAUUCUUCCUUCAAACAACUAGAAACAGUGCUUUGUCCUCACGGAGAGAAGGGGAUGUUCUUACACUUUUUUUCUUUUUGCUGCUGCAUACAUACAUGUCUUUAAAGCAGGCAUCUGGGUGGAGGAAGGACACUGAGGUAACAGAUUGCACCUCUUGGUUUUUUUUUUUUUCUUUGUGGUGAUCUCUCCCAAAUGUCACUUCUUACCUCGGGUACUUAAUUGAGAUUUCAGCAUUGGGUUGGGUAAGAACACAAAUAGAAAGUAAGCAUUCUGACAACAAUAAUUCUGGAAACCUGGGUUGAUCUAUUUAAUUUUUUUGCACAUGUUACUCUUUAUUAAAGACUCUAAUUUGCCAAGAGCAAAGUUUAGCCCUGGCCUUUCUGCGACCCUCCUUCAGUGGACAGUCCUGUUGAACCUGGGCCAAGUUUCCCCUGAGAUAUACUGUAAAUGGACAGAGAAAUGGGAAGUUCUUCCACUCCUGGGAAGAUUUUUCUGGGGGGAAGGCUUCUUCCCUUUGUCUAGAUUUUUUUGUUGUUGUUGUUUUUUUGAAGAACUGCUAGUGGUAUUUACAAGGAGGAAAAAAAAAAAAGACAACAAGACCCCAAAGAUGGUAACUAUGAAGAGGGCGGGAUGCUUGGGUGGUUUUUGAAACAGGAAGCACAGCUGCUGUUGCACAGGCUUUGUUUGCAUUGCUACUGACUGAAGUCAUGGAACUGUUGAAAUGGUGAAAACCCAUCUUCAUCUUUACUUGAAAAAAAUUUUGUGGGUUUUUUUUUUUUCCAUGAGAACAUGUUUUGAGUUCUGGGGUUUUUUUCUGACUUGGGUUGGGGUGGAUCAUUUAAUGGGUUGGAGGAAGAGGACGUAGCUACACUUGACAGCAGUGUUGUGUGCGGUGUUAACUUCAGUAGCAACAGGCCUGAGUUUUCAGGUUUACCUCCUGCUCACAGUUGGAUCGUGUACAUUUUACUUAAAAAAAAAAGUAAAAUCUCUGUAUUUUUUAUAUUAUAUAUAGGUAGAUAUUUGUCUAAUUGGGCUUCAGAGAAAAAAUAUAUAUAAAAUUUCUGUAAUUUAUGUAAAUAGAGCACUGUGAGGCAGGCACACCUGGAAAUGACGGCCCCAACUCACUCACUGGUGGUCCUGCUUCUUUUCCUCUGUUUACUCACGUACUGUAUAAGCGAACAUAGAGCUGUCUUAAACUCCUCUACCCGAUUUGAGUUACUUAGCCAAGAUUUCAUUAAACAAAAGCGAACGCGCUAGGCUGUGGAGAACAAAAACACUUGUGGGGUGUGGGGGAGAGUUGGCUGUCGCUGCGGGUGAGCCCCUGGCCGCUGCCUGCGGAGGCCGUCUGGGGGGGUGAGAAGCGAGUCGGGGUGCUGCUCGCACGCCGGCUGGAGCUCUGGUUUGAUGAGUCCUUUAUUGUGAAACGAAUAAACUACAUCUGUGCAGUUGA